AAGGAUGAUACAUUUAAUAUUCAUGCGAUGGUUUUUGUUUGCGAUUAUUCGAGAUCGUUCACUUAUCAAAAUAGAUGGACAGUCGGGCCAGUGCUUCGCAGCUUUCUAUAUCGACGCUCGCGUUUCUAUGGGAGCUUCUUGGAAUGCGCAGCAGAAAGAAUUUUGAAACAUGCGGUGGAAAACAGUCAUCUGGUGGACCGUCACAUUGGGCAUAACUAGUGCCGUCCACCACACCAUAGACGACGACUUGUUUGACCCCAGCCACCACAUAACAGAAGUUAAUCAACAAACACUAGCCCCAAAUCCUGAAGAACCCUCGAAGGAAAUUACUUCAGCGGAGUCCACCACGAACUCAAUUACAACAGAGAGUGUGCUAACAACUGACCCACUGACGACCACCGAGACUACCACAAUUAAAGCAGAGGAAAACACAAUUAUUACAACAGUUACAACAGAAGCUACCACCAUAUCAAGUAAUGUUGACAAAACCACGGUCGAGCCUACAACAUCCGAUGAAAACGAUGGCGACAUGAUAACUCUUAUCCCCGGGAUCCCACCAGAUGUGAACUUACCUGUACAAGUAGGCAGAUCUAGUGAAAUUGAUGAAGAAACGGGACAUCCAGGAUUGGAUCCUAGCGAAACGGAGGAGUACGUAGUCCUCACUACAAGAGGACCUGUUCAGGGAUUCCCGUGGUUUACGAAUCCAGGCAUAAUCGCAUACAUAGAUAUUCCUUAUGGAUCGUUUCAAAGAUUCCAGGAACCGACGCCACCGAGCUCUUGGGAACAAAUUCAUCAAGUCAAAGAACACAACAAAAGUUGUCCUCAGCUACAAAGAAACAAUUAUGUCGGUGAUUUAGACUGUUUAACCUUGAGCAUCUUCACACCCUCGGAAGUUGUCAAUGCAAGCGUUCUUUUCCACAUCCACGAAAGUAACUUUGAACGUGGCAGUGGUGACCCCCUAAUCUAUGGCCCAGAUUAUUUUGUCUCCAAGGAUGUCAUCCUUGUGCUGCCCAACUACAGACUAGGGCCUUUAGGAUUUUUAUGUUUGAGUAACGCGACAGCUCCAGGAAACGCGGCGCUUAAGGAUCUGACCCUCGCACUAAAGUGGGUAAGAGAAAACAUUAGAUCGUUUGGUGGAGAUCCAUAUAAUGUGGUUGUUAGCGGCGACGGAACCUCGGGAGCUUUGGCUGGGUACCUGGCUCUAUCAACAGAAUCGAAUGUCUACUUUAGUAAGGUUAUCUCUGAAAGUGGAUCCGUCCUCUCUCCCUGGGCUUUGGAUAGAAAUGCUUUAGCUACUGCGAACGUUCUACUUGACAAUAUAAGAGAAAUUUCCAUGCCUAACAUUACCAUCGAAAUUGCAGACGUCAGACUCAUAAUGCUGGCUUCGAAAAACAUAAACUUCGCUCCCUGCAUCGAGCAAAAUAACCAUCCAUUUUUGUCGGACUCACCUUGGUCGAUAUUACAUAACAGCAUUGUCAAUAUAACAUUUAUGAUAGGGUCGGCAAGCCAUGCUGGCGCAGUAGUCGUUGCAACAAUAAAUGAAACGUUGGUUGAAGAAAUUAAUGGCAAUUUUGGAAAUUUUCUGCCGAAUGACCUUCGCUUCGUCAACCGUGACUCCAGGACUACCGUGGGAAAUGCAGUCAAGAGUCAAUAUUUCGGCAACGAAACCAUAACUUUAAGUCAUGUAGAAGAAAUGGCUCUAUAUUUUACUGACUCCGAUUACUUGGGACCUGCUGUGCGGACAGCAAGGGCUCUGGUACAAGCUGGUGCCACGGUGUUCUUCUACGAGUUCGGAUUUGUUGGGGAACUGAACAGAGUGUUGGACUCCAUCAACAGACCACUGAAUGGCACUGUGCGCGGAGAUAUUGUGGGCUACCUGUUUAGCCAGGAUGGACUGAGAGCAAAUGAAGGCACCGCGGACAGGAAAAUUAUAGACUUGUUAAUUAAUUUGUGGAUUAACUUUAUAGAAAGCGGAAACCCAUCCACGGAGAACAUAACCUGGACUGAAAUGAAUUCCACGUCGGUGUCAGCCGAAUGGUGGCUGUCGAUCGGAGAGGAGGUGGCGAUGCGCAGACCUCUCCACGAGGACCGUCUGCAGCUGUGGACUGCUAUCUACGCGGAACAUUUCAUAGAACAUAACGCCGCGCAGCAGAACCUGCCGAUCAUCCUUGCCGUUCUCUUUCCUCUCAUAUCUUGGGUUGGAUUUUGGAAACCGUUUCUUAAGAAUUGAGCAAAUUGUUAAAGGAAUAUGAAAUAUUACUAAGCCAUGUAUUUUAGUUUGUUAUUUAUAUAUAAAAAGGCAUUGGAAAAUUA